AUGUCUUCAUCAGUUCCAUAUGACCCAUACAUCCCCAACCAAACGACGGGCGAACAGUCCAACUCAAGGACAGCAGCCAUUCAGGCCGUACGUAUACGCAUACAAGCACAUUCUUCCUCCUCUUGUUUUUGGUAGCUGUGGAAUACUAACACUGACGAAAAAAUCCAGCAAAUCGACGAUACGGUGGGCGUGAUGAGAGACAACAUCAACAAGGUGGCUGAGAGAGGCGAGAGAUUAGACUCGAUAGAGAACAAGACUGACAAUUUGGCCAUAAGCGCUCAAGGCUUCAGAAGAGGCGCCAAUAGAGUUCGUAAGGAUAUGUGGUGGAAGGACUUCAAAAUGAGAAUAUGUCUCAUUAUUGCUGUUAUCAUUGUGAUCAUUGUGAUUGUUGUUCCUAUUGCUGUUCAUUUCAGUUAA